AUGGCCGAUAGUUCUGAACCAAAGCGUCAAUUGAUCAAGUCUACUCGUUUUGCCAGAUUAUAUAUCGAUGGGACCCAUGUAAUUAAGAGCAUCUCGAAGGACUUUGUGGUACCUCCCCAUAAUCACGACGCAGAACUAGCAAUAUUGACGAGGCUCUCUAAACUGAAUAAUGAUUUCAUAAUAAAACUGAUUGAUAGCAGAGUAGUAGGUGACGAAUUGGAGCUCAAGUUCCCUCGUUUUGAUUGCGAUCUGCAUGAAUUUAUGCUGAAAUGGUACAAGAUAUCCGACAGCGCUCGAAGAAGACCCAAUCCAUACUACACGAUUUCAGAGACUCCGAUUCUACUCAAAGGCUCCUUCAAAAACCGCUUUGACGUGGAUAAAUAUGCCUUCAACUUUACCUUACAGUUAGCACAAGGGCUACAGUUUCUGCACCGGCAAGGUAUAAUUCACCGUGACAUCAAGCCACAAAAUAUCCUCAUCCAGCACCAGAACUCCGGCGAAAUACGUCUCAUAAUCACCGAUUUUGGAAUCUCCUAUGACUGUCAUGAUGCUCUGCAAACGAGAGAUGAGCCUCCCGACCAGAAGAUUACAGACGUAUCAACUUCAAUAUAUAAGGCACCUGAACUGCUGUUCGGCGUAAAAAACUACUCAUAUGCGGUCGAUAUAUGGGCACUGAUGGUCAUCAUGUCCCAGUGGUUCCAGGCGGAAGCAUUCAACCCUUCCCGAUACAUUCCUGCUAUCUUCGAUGACGGUUCCGGUCGGUUUACCGAUGAAGACUCCGGCAGCGACAUCAAGCUCAUCGUGUCGAUCUUCGGCCAGCUGGGAAUUCCGUCUUUGGAGCAAUGGCCAGAAGUUGCGAACUUCGGCUCGUCCGAUGCUUUUAGUGGUAUGUUUGGUUCUAUGGGAGACGGCCAUUAUAUUCUUGAGCAGAACCACGAUGCCCGACUGAAAAGAGUGGAAUCUUUGUUCCCCAGGCUUAGUCUUCUAUCGAACGCCAACGAGCGGAAUGCGUUGGUAGAUUGUAUAAUGGGGAUGGUUUCAUUUGAAUCAACCAAACGCUGGAACAGCGGUUGCAUCGUGCAAAGACUCUGUUCAUAA